AUGGUGCCUCGGCCCUGCCGGGCGAAUGGAGCAGGAUCCCAAGCCGCCCCGCUUGCGGCUCUGGGCCCUGCUCCCCUGGCUGCCCAGGAAGCAGCGGCCCAGGAUCAGCCAAACCUCUCUGCCUGCCCCUGGCCCUGGCUCUGGCCCCAGGCAGGACUCGCUCUAUCCCUCUAUCAGGAUGAGGGCAUCCUCAAGGAGAUCUCCAUCACGCACCACGUCAAGGCUGGCUCUGAGAAGGCCGACCCAUCCCAUUUUGAGCUGCUCAAGGUUCUGGGCCAGGGAUCCUUUGGCAAAGUCUUCCUGGUGCGGAAGAUCACCCGACCUGACAGUGGGCACCUGUAUGCCAUGAAGGUACUAAAGAAGGCAACGCUGAAAGUGCGUGACCGUGUUCGGACCAAGAUGGAGAGAGACAUCCUAGCUGAUGUAAACCACCCGUUUGUGGUGAAGCUCCACUAUGCCUUCCAGACUGAGGGAAAGCUCUAUCUUAUUCUGGACUUCCUGCGAGGUGGGGACCUCUUCACACGGCUCUCUAAAGAGGUUAUGUUCACAGAGGAGGAUGUGAAGUUUUACCUGGCUGAGCUAGCUUUGGGCCUGGACCACCUGCACAGCCUGGGCAUCAUUUACAGAGACCUCAAACCUGAAAACAUCCUUCUGGAUGAGGAGGGCCACAUCAAACUCACCGACUUUGGCCUGAGCAAGGAGGCCAUUGACCAUGAGAAGAAAGCCUAUUCCUUCUGCGGGACGGUGGAGUACAUGGCCCCCGAGGUCGUCAACCGCCAGGGCCACACCCACAGUGCAGACUGGUGGUCCUAUGGGGUGUUGAUGUUUGAGAUGCUGACGGGCUCCCUGCCCUUCCAGGGGAAGGACCGGAAAGAGACCAUGACACUGAUUCUAAAGGCGAAGCUAGGCAUGCCCCAGUUUCUGAGCACGGAAGCCCAGAGCCUCCUGCGGGCCCUGUUCAAGCGGAAUCCUGCCAACCGUCUCGGCUCCGGCCCUGAUGGGGCAGAGGAAAUCAAGCGGCAUGUCUUCUACUCUACCAUUGACUGGAAUAAGCUGUACCGUCGCGAGAUCAAGCCGCCCUUCAAGCCAGCCGUGGCACAACCUGAUGACACCUUCUACUUUGACACUGAAUUCACGUCCCGCACACCCAAGGACUCCCCAGGCAUCCCUCCCAGCGCUGGCGCCCAUCAGCUGUUCCGUGGCUUCAGCUUCGUGGCCACUGGCCUGAUGGAGGAUGAUGGCAAGCCUCGGCCCACGCAGGCACCCCUGCACUCCGUGGUACAGCAACUCCAUGGGAAGAACCUGGUUUUUAGCGAUGGCUACGUGGUAAAGGAGACGAUUGGUGUGGGGUCCUACUCCGUGUGCAAGCGCUGUGUCCAUAAGGCCACCAACAUGGAGUAUGCUGUCAAGGUCAUCGACAAGAGCAAGCGGGAUCCCUCAGAAGAGAUUGAGAUUCUUCUGCGGUAUGGGCAGCACCCCAACAUCAUCACUCUGAAAGAUGUAUACGAUGAUGGCAAACAUGUGUACCUGGUGACAGAGCUGAUGCGGGGCGGGGAGCUACUGGACAAGAUCCUGCGGCAGAAAUUCUUCUCAGAGCGGGAGGCCAGCUUUGUCCUACACACCAUCAGCAAGACCGUGGAGUACCUGCACUCCCAGGGGGUUGUUCAUAGGGACCUCAAGCCCAGCAACAUCCUGUACGUGGACGAGUCUGGGAACCCUGAGUGCCUGCGCAUCUGUGACUUUGGCUUUGCCAAGCAGCUGCGGGCUGAGAACGGACUCCUCAUGACACCUUGCUACACUGCCAACUUUGUGGCACCCGAGGUGCUGAAACGCCAGGGCUACGAUGAAGGCUGUGACAUCUGGAGCCUGGGCAUUCUGCUGUACACCAUGCUGGCAGGAUACACUCCAUUUGCCAAUGGACCCAGUGACACACCAGAGGAAAUCCUGUCCCGGAUUGGCAGUGGGAGGUUCACCCUGAGUGGGGGAAACUGGAACACAGUUUCAGAGACAGCCAAGGACCUGGUGUCCAAGAUGCUGCAUGUGGACCCCCACCAGCGCCUCACAGCUAAGCAGGUGCUGCAGCAUCCAUGGAUCACCCAGAAAGACAAGCUCCCCCAGAGCCAGCUGUCCCACCAAGACCUGCAGCUCGUGAAGGGAGCCAUGGCAGCUACGUACUCUGCUCUCAACAGCAACAAGCCCACCCCCCAGCUGAAGCCCAUCGAGUCCUCUAUUCUGGCCCAGCGGCGGGUGAGGAAGCUUCCGUCCACCACCCUGUGAGAGGCCAGGGCGUCCAGGCCGCAGGGCGGUGCUAGCUCGAUGGAGGCAGCAUACUUCCCAGAGGGAGCAGGCCUGAGUCACGGGGCCAGAGGAAGCGGAGCCCCCGAGGGACCCAGGAAGCAGCCAGCCCGGAUCACCCCCAAUGAGGGUGUGAGAAGUGCCUUCUCCUUCCCCGGGAUGGACUCUUCUCGGCUCAUGCUCUGCUGGUUGAAAUCAAUUCACUGUACAGACUCUUACCUUUUUUUUUAAGGGAAAAAUGGCAUCAAACUGCCAUGGAUUUUUACAAGAUCCAUUUGCCUUUCUGGGAGCAGAAAUAGCCAGUGAGGCCCCAGGAGGGGCACUGAGUCAUACUAGGGCUCUCUGUGGCUGAGACUCCUUAGAGCUUUGGCAUCCUCCCCCGGGGAACCCCACGAUUGGCCAUCUGUAGCCAUCUGCACAUACCUCCAAGGCAGUCCAGCACCACCUUCCAAAGCCCUUGGCUGUUUAGCAGAAUUUGCUCUAUCCGCAGUCAGCUCCUUUUCCGUUCUGUUCUGCUGGGGCAGGGGAAGGGUCUGAACCUCUUCCUGCUAGAAGAGAGGACCAAGACUCCGUGGCUCCCAGCUCCAGGCACCAGCAUCUACACCGGCCCUGCCAGUGGGUUCCCUGCAGUGAGAUUGGGCAGCCCCAGGAGGAGGAUCGAGAAAGCACUUUUUGGCUGACUUGUGUUGGAGUCUGCUACAGGACAGAGUUCGCAGGAGGCCUGUGGGGCUGGCCAAGAGAGGCAGGGGCUCUUUUUCAUUUCUUCCUCAGCUGGUAUCUCAGGGUUCACCUGUCCAUGGCCUUUCUAAUAAACUUUCAGUUGAGUUGAAGCACA